AUGGUUAGAACACGAGGUUUAGGUCAUGCUUUAGCUAGGGUUAUAGGGCGAGGUAGACAGGAUGAACAUGAUGCAAUUGAUGUUCCCCGGAGGCGUAGGCCUACUGCAUCAGCCCGUAGGCAACGGGUACAUAUUGCAGUUGAUGAGGGUGUUCCUCGAGUGACUGAGGAUGUUCCUCAUAUGGCGGAGGAUGUUCCUCAGAUGACUGAGGAUGUCCCUCAUAUGGCUGACGAUGUUCUGCAGAUGAGUGAAGAUGCGCCUCAGAUGACUGCGGACGUAGAUGCGACUGUUGCAGAGGACUUAGGUCGUGAUGGUGCUGAGGGGUCACAUGCUGAUGAGGGAUUCCCUGGUGGGCCUCGUGACCCAUCAGUUCUGACUUCAUUUGCAGAGCAUGUCGCACAUGCCAUUUGGACUGGACAGUGUCCUGAGCUGAAGUUGGUGUCGCACGGGAGGAAGGUGGCGUUAAUUGGGAGGCCAAUGCCUAAGAUUGAAGGGCUGGUUGUCGCCACAAGAUUAAGUCCAUUGAUCGGGUGUUCAGUUGUAACCGGCGAUCCUGGACUUAUAGUCGCAUUUGUGGAGAGGUGGCACAGGGAGACCAGCACCAUCCACCUUCCAGUAGGAAAGUUGACGAUCACACUAGAUGAUGUGUCGUCACUCCUCCAUCUCCCUAUCAGUGGCACCUUCCACAGCUUCGAGGCUCUUUCCGUGGACGAGGCGGUAUUUUUGUUGAUGGAGUUGCUUGAGGUGUCCGGUGAAGAGGCUAGAGCCGAGACAAUACGAGCGCGCGGGGCAUAUGUACACCUCUCAUGGGUUCGAGAGAUCUAUGAGAGUGCAACAUAUGUUCAUGUGGUGCAUCUAGAGGCUUUUCAUGACCUGGGUCAGAGUGGGGGCUAUGCCUGGGGAGCUGUGGCCCUGGUUCAUAUGUAUGACCAGUUAGAUGAAGCUUCUAGGACCAUGACACGACAGAUUGGGGGGUACCUUACUUUAUUACAAUGCUGGAUUUAUGAGCACUUUCCGAGUGUGCAUCAGUGCGUCACCGAUGAUGCGUACAAGGAGACGUCCCCUCGUGCCUCUCGGUGGCUGACGACAAAGGCACAUAUGAAGGGAAUUACAGGAGCGUCGCACCGGGCAUGUUGUGAUGCUUUGACGGUCACAGAUGUGUGCUGGUUGCCUUACAGUGACCAUCGAGGGGUUAGGGGGUUUGAGCUGAUUUCAUCGUUCCAGGGUCAGCUGAGAUGGGGUCCUAUGGUGAUCAUAGUUCGACCGGAGAGGGUGCUACGCCAGUUUGGUUACAUUCAGAGCAUCCCUCUACCGCCUGUUAGCGCUUCAUUGUCAUAUGAUGAUAUAGAUGAUAGGUGGAUGCAUUUCUCAGACCACGUAGUAGCUAUGGGUGAGCUUUGUGUAGUGCCUGGGCAGGUAUCUGCGGAUUACAUGAAGUGGUUUUUCCAGAUAUCUCACCCAUUCAUGAUACCGACCCAGGCAGGUGACCAACCCAGACAUGCACCUGCCCCAUACCAUGAGGACUACAUGCAGUCAGACAUCCCACAGGUUCCAGUGGCAUUGGACCCCCCUCGACUUGCAGUAGUAAGAUUAUUUGCGUGCUAUGAGGUGAUCGCAGAAAGGUUGGAGCGUGUGCUCAACCUUAGGAUGGUCACUGUAGGGACAGAGUUACAUGAUAUCAUGCAAGAUUGCCUGAAGAUCGCCAAGGGGGUGCCAACGCAGAUGGAAGUGUUAGGGCCCGACAAAGAUGGCGCACAGAGCAUUGAUGAUGUUUUUUAUGCUUUGUAG